AUGGCAGAGAAGGCCCGAGUCCUUCUCGUGGGCAGCGGGGGCAUAGGAACCAUGACGGCCGUGAACCUGGAAAAGGGCGGGCUGGCGACCGUGGCGGCCGUGCUGCGAUCGAAUUACAGCGUGGUCAAAGAGAAAGGUUUCACCAUCGACUCGUGUGAUCAUGGCAAGUUCAAUGCGUGGAAGCCAUCCGAAGUGCUGUCCAAGGUGCCGGACGUCACGGCGCCCGACGGACCAGGAUCGAUCAAACCAUUCGACUAUGUCAUUGUCACCACCAAGAACAUCCCGGAUGUCCCACCAACCGUGGCCGACUUGAUCCGUCCAGCCGUCACGCCCGGCCAUUCAGUCAUUGUGCUCAUCCAGAACGGAUUGAACAUCGAGAAGCCACUGAUGCAGGCCUUCCCGGACAACAUCUGUCUCUCGGGGGUGUCAUUGAUGGGUGCCGACGAGCUAAGUCCAGGGCACAUCCUCCAGAACGACGUGGACAGGCUUUUCAUCGGCCCAUUCCUGUCCGGUAAAAUUGAUCAGCACAAGCAGGUCGCUGCCGCAGAGGAGUUUGUACGAGUAUACUCCGCAUCGGGCAAAGUGCAGUGUUCGUAUCAGGCGGACGUGCUGUUUGUUCGGUGGAGAAAGCUCAUGUAUAACGCCGUGUGGAAUCCAAUUUGUGCACUGACAGACCUGGACACCACCCGCUUUCGACUAGCAUCCGACGUCCAGGACCGGGCCAACCCCCUCGAUUUGCUGGUGAGGCCGGCAAUGAAUGAGAUCCGUGCGGCAGCCCAAGCUGCAGCAAACGUCGAGUUGCCAGAGUCCCUGGUGGAGUCGAUGGUGGAGUGUGAUCCCAUGGAGAUAUUCUGCGCUCCAAGCAUGUUGCAGGAUCGGCGAAAAGGGCGCUUUAUUGAGUACGAGAACAUCCUGGGCGAGGCACUGAGGGAGGGCGAGAGGGCAGGGAUCGCAAUGCCCACCGUCAAGUGCCUGUACGGUCUUUGCAAGGCAGUUCAGUGGAGAACCAUGGAGCUGAACGGCUUGGUCGACGCCCAGAAGCUGCUGGAGGCCAGGACAGCCAACCACGGCACAUCGGGUGCUUGA